AUGUGGUGGGGAACACUUGGUACUGUUCGCCCAUUCCCUAAUUUUGGUCCGGAAGAGGAUGCACGUGAGAUUUACACAGCUCUGGAGAAGAAAGGUGCUGAUGUGAACACUCUGGUGAGAAUCCUUACCAACAGGAAUAAUGUCCAGAGACAGUGUAUUGCAGACGCUUUUGAAACAAUCGCAAAAAAGGAGCUCAAGCUGGCGCUGAAGAAGGCUCUGUCUGGGGCACUGGAGGACCUGCUGCUGGCCCUGCUAAUGACCCCUUCCCAGUUUGAUGCCCAUCGUCUCCGCCAGUCCAUGGAGGGUCUAGGGACUGAUGAGGAGGGUCUCUUGGAAGUCUUAUGUACCAGAACUCCUAAGCAACUCAGUGACAUCACUGUGGCAUACAAUCAGGAGUUUGGACGAAACCUAGAGAAGGAUUUGAUCAGUGAGACCAGCAAAGAUUUCACCAAACUGGUGCUAGCCAUACUUAAGAAGGAGGAGCUGAAUAUCAAGGGAGUCAUUGAUUAUCAGCUCAUUGAUCAAGAUGUUAAAGCUCUUCUAGGAGGGGUCAAUGUUAAAAAAACUGACCCCACCCCCUGGAUUCAGAUCUUGACCUCCCGCAGUCCAGGCCAUCUCAGCCGAGUGUUUACUAAACUAGAGGGACUGAAGGGAGAGCCAGUGGAGAGAACAGUACAGAAUAACUUCUCUGGGGACCUCAGGCUUGGUCUGCGUAUUUUAGUUCAAACAAUCCAGAGUACACCCAUGUACCUCGCUCAAAGGCUACAAAACAACAUGAAGAAAAUUGCAAUUGUUCGGGGUAUUCUGGUGGCACGCAGUGAAGAGGACAUGCUGUGUGUGAGGAGAGAGUAUCGUAGACUGACCAACACCUCCCUUUACUCCACCAUACAGAAUGAAUUUAAAGGGGAAAUGCAGCAAGCACUUCUAGCCUUGUGUCGAUCAGAGGACCUGUAAAGAGACUGGAAGGAAAUCUCUCAAAGGAUUUACAAUAUACAGCA